CUUUCGCCUCUCUAUCCCACUAAUUCCCAGAUUUCAAUCCACCUACCCGGAAAUACAGAUGCCCUUGACAGCGCCGCAAAGUUUCAGAAUGCCUUCUGCCUUUCAGCUUGUGCCAAUCUCCAGAAGCGCCCCCAAUCGCCUCUAACCGCCGAGGCGCAAUUUAGGCUAGUGGUCCAGCGGCCGAGAGCCUAUCCUUAAACACAUACAACCGCUUUAAACAACAGACCCGUCGUCUUCGAGGUCUAAUUAUGGAUUUGAAGGGUGGAUAUGGGGACGGUAAGCUGUGUCAUUGGGUUGUUACAGGACCUGUAUGGAUGUUGGUGUUUCAGUAGAUCUACGACAUGAUUUGGCGUCAAAAGCUUAAAAGGCGAUUUUCAAACUAGACAGUCAAAAUGCAGGGUUUGACAGCGGCUAUCUUAGGACUAUUUUGAGAUAUAGGCAGAGGCCUUCGGCCUCGUGAAAAAUUUGUCGAUUGUCAGUCAACAUGGUCCUUUCAUAUUCCGAUCUUGAAGUGGUUCCUGGCCAGCCCCUAGACCUUCGACGGUCUCGAUUACGCAGCUACCUCCAACCCCAAGCGCCCGAAUCCUCGAGACACCAACCAGACUCAUCAGGGCUGCAAUCCGUAGCACCCGACUCCUCGGGGCUCCAGCUCCCUGGUCUUUCUGGGCUCCAUGACCCGGAUUACACAGGACUCGAGGCCCAGCAUCCCAAGUAUUACUCGGGAAUCGAGCCUUAUCUCGAGAAGAAUGCGCCGUCUCCGCCACCGCCUCCAGAUCGCAUCAUCUGCGGUCUUGCGCCGCGAACUUUUUGGAUAUUCCUCACUGUGAUAAUUGCAAUUGUGGUCGUGGGUGCCGUGGCCGGAGGCGUAGGAGGGAGCCUCGCUGCUAAAAAUAGCAGGGACGCGAUCAACGCCGAAAGUUCUUCAUCCUCCUCUGUGUUGGCCCAAACCGGAGAUAGGGCGGGCUCGUCACCAACGGUUUUACCAGCAGUGACCUCCGCCUCGGAAGUCUUGCCUACAGAGUCGAAGUCUACGCCCUCGGAAACCUCGCCUCCAGGGUCAAAUGUCACACCCUCCCAAACCUCACCUACAAAAUCCAAGUCCGCGCCUUCCAGCACAACCACCCCCUCCCCCACAAGCACCACCCUUUCCCUAACCACCACUGAAAUCCGCGGCCCCUCCGCAACCCUCCUCAGCGACUGCCCCUCCUCCAACAACACCCUCUACUCCGUCGACAUCGGCUCCGUCAUGUCCUUCCGGAAGAUCUGCGGGCUCUCCUAUCCCAACGAUCUCGGGAGUACCGUCGUCAAUGUUGCUACCAAGAGCUUGGAUGACUGCAUCAACCUCUGCGCCGCCUAUAACGUGCAGAUCAGGGCUGAUAUCAAGGCGGGCAAGGCGGCUGUGUGUAAUGCUGUCUGCUGGCGGAAUACGUUUGACAAUAAUGAGUUCCCCGGACAGUGCUUUGGGUAUACGUCGAAUAGGCAGGCGGCUGGGGGGGAGGGGUUUGCGGUUCAGAAGGAGCCGAUUUGCGAUUCGGCGGCGUGGGUUAAUCAGGAUUUUUUUUAGGGGUGUGUGGGUUGGUGAAGGGCGAGCUAUAUGUAAUUAAUAGUCAGUUGGGGCAGGGCCGCAAUUGGGAGUAUGUAAAGGCAUACAGUUGCGCGGAUGGGGAUGUACCAAGAUUGUUUGAGCGACAUUGAUGGUUCUAGCUCGAUCUCAGUAUACGAUUAGACGACAUGAAAUGAUUUAAUGACGAGAAUGUACACUUUAUUGUGUACUACUCGGAAUGAUACCUGACAAGAUCUUCACAUGGUUGAGAACGGAGGUGCACUUGAGUUUGAACGAGUUACGAG